AUGGGAUUUCAUCCAAGAACAUCAACCAUGGCGAGCAGGCUUCUUCACGCUCUGCAUGUGUUACUGGUUCUGGAGUCGAGUUGGGGUAAACUUGUGUCUGAGGAUCUCGGUGGAGCCGUGCGUCAAGGUGCCGGAGUCUCAGCGGCUGUGGAGCAGCGCGUCAACCGGGACAUGGUCUCCAUCAACAUGUUCAAAGUGUACGAGAAGUACAGCAAAGAGCCGCAGAGCCAGAGGGACGCAAACACCGUGAGGAGUUACAAGGCUGUCCCGAGAGUCUUGCAUGGCAAAGAAGUGUUCCAGUUCAACCUGUCCACCAUUCAAGAAUCAGAGCUCAUACUCCUCGCCUCUUUUCAUUUCCUCUACAAGCGGCCCCGCCACCACCAGCGACCGUGGCGUUUCCGAAAGCCUCGCCACCCAUCCAGCGGCCUCCAGCAUCCCUAUACUCCCUCCCCGCAGCUCUUCUUCCACGGAUCCUCUUCCACAAACUCAGCUUUUGCAACACCACUGGGGAACAUAUCUCUGGCUCCUUUCAAGAAAGGCUCUUGGCAAACAAGGGAUGUAACGGUGCUGCUGAAACACGCCAGGGAUGUCAAACAGCUUGUGGUCACGGUGGAGUUUGAAAUGGGGUUCGGGGAGGGUCGGGGACAGCAAAGGAGCCCUCAAGGCGAAGAGCGCCUCUAUCCAGCCAACCUGCCGUACAUCUUGGUAUACGCUGACGAUCAAGCCAUAGAUGAGCCGAACAGCGUGGCCAUGUCGCUCCAGAGGUACGGGCCCUUUCCUUCCCCUGAGGACGCGUCCUCCUCAGCCUCAGCUUCAAGGAUCCGGAGGGAGCUUCUCCAGAUGCAAACCAACGACAUUCCAGAGGUCCAGUACAACACCUUGAAGAAUCAUGAGCUGUGGCAGAACACGUACUUCCCGGCGAAAGCCAAAGCAUUAGUGAAACCAGGAAGGAAGCACGGUCUGGAGAGCAGCGAGGGCCUAGGAAAGCCCCAGGUGCUGAGCUUCGACGAGAGGACUAUGAAGAAGGCCAGGAGGAGACAGUGGAGCGAGCCCAGGGUUUGCUCCAGGCGCUACCUCAGGGUGGACUUCGCCGACAUCGGCUGGAGCGAGUGGGUUUUGGCGCCAAAGUCAUUUGACGCCUACUACUGCGCAGGGGCCUGCGGAUUCCCCAUCCCUAAGGUGGUGCGUCCUUCCAAUCACGCCACCAUCCAGAGCAUCGUCAGAGCGGUUGGAAUCGUCCCUGGCGUCCCCGAGCCGUGCUGUGUUCCAGAAAAGAUGAGUCCCCUCAGCGUCCUUUUCCUCGACACAAACAGGAAUAUGGCGCUAAAGGUUUACCCCGGCAUGUCGGUAGAUACCUGUGCCUGUCGGUAG